AUGGCCCGUCAAUUCAUUCUCCUUGCCCUUCUCUUCUCCGCCGCCGUCAUUGGCAUUGUCUCUGCCGCCGAAGCCCCCGCCGCCUCCCCCGCCUCCUCCCCCGCCUCCUCCCCUAAGGCCGCUGACCUUGAACCCUCCGAUGAUGGAAAAACUCCCGCAGCUGCUCCUUCCAAGGCUCCUGCCGCCGCCGCCGACGCCCCGAUCGCCGUCACUCCUUCCGCCGCAGGUGCUCCCAAAGGAGCUGCUUCAGCCCCUGCAGCUAAGGGUGGAGCCCCUGAAGCUGACAGCCCUGUUGCCGGUGGCCCUGCUUCUUCCCCUGCUGGCGAUGAGUCUUCUUCCACUGUGGCCCCUGCUGGAGCCCCUGCUGGAGCCCCUGCAUCCGAUGCCGAAGUGUCAUCUCCACCUUCCCCAACUGGACCGGCUGCCGGACCUGCAAGCGAUGCCGCUGCUGAUGCGCCAGCUGAUUCACCCGCAGAUUCUCCGGCGCCCAGUGGUGGUUCUUUGGUGAAAGUGUCGGUUGCGGCCGUUGCUGGGAUUUCGGGUGUUGUUGGGUUGUUUGUGUUCUAA